AUGGUUAUUUCCUACUCAGGAGCUGUUGCAACUGCAUCAUACGGCACUUUUUUCCGCCUAUUGUGUCGUUGGAAAGGAAGCGUAUAUAAACUUAUUUGGGUCGACUUGUUAGUAUUUUCAAUAUUAUACUCUACAAUUGCGCUUGUCUAUCACCUUUCUCCUAUAUCGUCUCCCAGAAUGCUCGAAAUCCACAAACAAAUACAUAACUUUUUGGAUUACGUACAUUCAAAGACAAAUUCCUUGCCGAUAUCAUUUAUUCUGGGAUUUUUCGUAACACUAGUUGUCAGUAGAUGGAUUGAUCAAUUCAAAUACCUACCGACAUCUGAUGGCAUCAGCCUGCUUACAUGUGCAUACAUCCAGAUUCCUGCAAAUAUUACCGACAGAAGAACCUUACUUACUAUUGCUGACGAAGUGGCAGUUAUUAGACAAAGCAUUGCAAGGUACAUUAACUUGGCAGCCGUCAUGUGUUUUCAAACAAUUGCACCAAAUGUCCGAAGGGUUUAUGAAAAUGCUGACAAUUACAUAUCAAGUGGAUUGAUGACUAGGGCGGAGCAGGAGUUUAUGGGACAGGUCGAUCCACGUUAUCAUCCGUUUUACGUUCCUCUUAUGUGGGCUAUUACCAUCGUAAAACGGGCCAAGUUGAAAGGAUACAUAACCCACGAGAGGCAUCUAAACGCGCUAAUCGAGGAAAUUUUGAAGUUUCGCCGUUCUCUCUUUACUCUUUUAAACUAUGAUAGGGUUCCGAUUCCUCUAGUUUACACACAGGUGAUUUAUGCGAUAUUCAUCAUCUCUCUCGUUGGUAGCCAAUUCCCAAGACAGCUUCCAGAAAUGCCACAGUUUUCAACAAAUCCCAACGAAACCUUUACUAAUGCCACCAGCGUUAAGAACACUCCCACGAUCUACGUCCCAGUCUUUUCUCUUCUCGAGAUAACAUUUUACCUCGGUUGGCUCAAAGUUGCUCAGUCGUUGCUUAAUCCUUUUGGCGACGACGAUGAAGAUUUUGACUUGCUUUUGCUAAUGGAGCGUAAUCUAGCUAUUAGCCUUUGGAUGGUGGACCUACGUCAUGGCAUGCCGACACAAUCACCUCACACGCAACCAAAGGAUGGUGCUCAACAACGGCGAAUUUCAUUUGCUAUUCCCACUGAUAAGCUGUUCUUUCGACUGGGUGAGUCGGUGGAGUCUGACGAUGACCCACUGGGUGAGCUUCUAGCAUCGUCAGCUGACCUACAAGUUCCCGAGAACCUCGUGCCUGCUGGGCCUGCUGAACAUGGAGAGGGACUUCUAUACGGUUCGGCGGCGAUCGCCUUCGAAAGGAAGGAGAGCAGGAAGAUGAGCUUUGCUCUCGAGGAUGCUGUACUCAGACGACCCUCGGUUAUUGCUGUAAGACGCGCUUUCUACCGUAGCUAUCAUAAAGUACCACGUUUAUUUUCACUUUUCCUGUCGAGAAACCAGUUUUACACAGGUGACGUUGUUUUAAAACUAUUUAGCCAAAUUAAACGCAGGCAGUUGUUUUGA